GGAGUAUCUCGCAACCAUGCAUGCACUGGUCGACAAUGCACACACGCAUGGUACACGUAGCACGUCUGGGGCGUCUCAUGGCAGCUUGCACGGUCUCAGCUUAUUUCCCCACACACAUUUCCCCCUGCACGUAUAAUUAUCCUCUUCACAUGCUACCUCAUCGUCCCCCACCUCGCUGUUCAUGUCACCAUCUCUUUACUCGCCAUUCAAUCCUUUCAACUCACGCUCUCACAUGGCGCACCAUUAAUAUAUAGCACCACCACCCCCCGCUCCAAGCUCCAAGAACACUUCCAUCUCAAAGCCACACUCUCAGCUAGCUCACACACUGCACCACGCUCGGUAGCCUACACUACAUUGUGCCAUCCCAUGUCGAACAGGGCGUCGAGGAGGGGCAGCUUCACGCUGCGGCAGCCGCCGGUGGUGGACAUCGGCUGCAACUGCCGACGGCCGAAGCUCUUCGCCAACAUCUUCUCCUCCUCUUCCCUGCCCUUCCGCGGCGGCAGCAGCAGCAGGGGCGGCAAGCCCAAGUCGCCCAACGCGUCGUCAACCUCCACGGCGACGACGGCGUUCACGUCCACCACCCUCGGCGGUCACAGCGGCACCACGGCCACCUCCGCCGACUCGGCCUCCUGGGGCCCAGCCUCCUUCACCAACAACUCGCUGUACGAGGACCCUGCUGCGGCCGCGCGUCGUCACGGCCAGGCGGAGCAGCCGGAGCAGGAGACGCGGCGCCGGCGGAGGCAGCAGCAGCGGCGGCGUCGCAGGCGCGCGGCCUGGGACGGCGUCGGCGCCGGCGGCGAGGGGGAGCAUGGUCGCGUGGCGCGUGAGAGCGUGCCGGUGGCGGUGGAGUCGGCGGAGCCGUACGAGGACUUCCGGGAGUCCAUGGUGCAGAUGGUGGUGGAGAAGGAGAUCUAUGCGUGGGACGACCUCAACGACCUCCUCCACCAGUUCCUCUCCCUCAACUCGCCGCGCCACCACCCGCUCAUCCUCCACGCCUUCGCCGACCUUUGGACACGCAACGGACUCUUCUCGCCGCCCUCCCCGUGCCAGUUCUAGCCUGUGCCCCUUCUGUUCUAUCUACGUCACUGCCUCGUCAUCGGCAUUACAACGCCUUGGCGCCAUGCACGCACGCACAAACGUACCCAUCCAUGUCAUACUUUUACUGUUUAAUUAUUGUGUUUAAUUAA